AUGGACAAUGCCCACUCGUACCUCGAGUCACUGCUGAAUAAGACUCUGCGGCUUCACACCUCAGACACUCGUCUGUUCGUGGGCAUCUUCAAAUGCACCGACAAUGAUCGGAAUAUCAUUCUCGCAAACACCUACGAAUAUCGCUACCCAACGCCCGCUGCUUUGAACGAAGCGAUCCGCCAGCAGGGCCAGGGGGAGUCGGAAGUGGUCACGGCCGACAUGACAACCCGCUUCAUCGGACUCGUGGUGGUUCCUGGGCGGCACAUCACGAAAAUCGAGCUGGACGAGCCCUCCAGAUAA